ACGCGCAUGCUGCAGAACAGUGUAACACGGAUGGAUCCCCAUUUCGGCGGAGUUUAAUAAUGCGCGGCAACCCCAUCACGUGUUCCACACACCCGACCGCGACGCGUCGCCGCCGAGCUCCUUAUACACCAUGCAUUCUCGCCGGCAAUUUCACACUACAGCUAGCUAGAGCUCGCCGCCGGCAACGUACUACACACAGCUUAGUCCUGCUACCUCGCCGGCGCAAACGCACUCGAUCUCCUCGCGAUGACGGUGGCGGCGGCGGCGGCGAGCGGCGGCGUAGGGGGGAGGAGGUACGCGCUGCUGCUGGCGCUGAACGACUCGGAGUACGCGAGGAAGGUGUACGGCGGGUACGGCAACGUCUUCGUCUCGGCGCUCGGCGGCGGCGGCGGCGGAGGGGAGGAGGAGAGGUGGGACUGCUUCCGGGUGAUCGACGGCGAGUUCCCGGCGGCGGAGGAGGUGGGGCGGUACGAGGGGUUCGUGGUGAGCGGCAGCCCGCACGACGCGUACGGCGACGAGCGGUGGAUCCUCCGCCUCUGCUCCCUCCUCCGGGCGCUCCACGCCAUGGGCAAGCGCAUCCUCGGCAUCUGCUUCGGCCACCAGGUAUUGUGUCGAGCAUUGGGUGGUAGAAUUGGCAAGGCACGAAGUGGAUGGAACAUUGGGGUGAAGAAGAUGACCUUUGUGCGUGAUUUUGAGGGGUCCAAGUUAUUUGGGGAUCUCAAGGAAAUUCCCCAAAGUGCCUCCAUCAUCGAGGUUCACCAAGAUGAGGUUUUGGAGGUGCCUCCAAUGGGCAGGGUGUUGGCCUACUCCGACAAGACGCCGGUGGAGAUGUUCGCCGUCGGCGACAAUGUGUUGGGCAUCCAGGGCCACCCGGAGUACACCAGUGACAUCCUCCUCAACCUCAUCGACCGUCUUGUCAAUAACAACACCAUCACGAGUGGCAUAGGCGAGGAGGCGCGGCGGACGGUAGAGGCCAGUGAGCCAGACCGUCGAUUCUGGACGGGGUUGUGCAAGGGCUUCCUUAAGAGACCGACCGCCGCCACCACCGUUGACAUGCCUCCACGGGAGGUGGCGCCGGAGAUGAUGAGCUGCAGCCAUAUCAUCGCUGGUGGCCAUUUUGUCGCAACUACUCCGAUCGGCUUGUAGCUAGCUGCAGCUAAUUAAUUUCGCUGGAAGGCUUAUAUGACGUUGGCUAGUAUAAAUUUGAACUAGCCAACUUCAUUUAAAAAAAACUGGAGGGAGUAAUUGUCACCUACUCCGUAUGCUGUGUGUACUACUGCAGCUACCGUUUGCACCGUUGCUCGUGGCCAUGCAUACCCGUACAAGCUAGCUAGACAACUGGCAGCCAUUUUUUAUUGUCUUUUUUUCCUUCCCCUAUAUAUAUAUAUAGAGGAAGAUGAUACAUUUGUAAGAUGUUUGUCUCUUGCCAACUAGCAAGAGAUGCUAAAGGAGUUCAGAUCUCACACAAUAUGAUAAUCAUAUGAUAAUCUGUAUAUGGUGGGUUUAAUCAA